AAGAUAAGAGAUGACGAUUUUUCCCACAUACGAAUUAGUUCCCUCUCUCUGACUGUGACACUAUAGGACCUGGACCUAUUUAACUUUUAUGUGCCAAUUAAGUUACCAAGUAUGUCGAUAUUAAUAUUUUUCCACUUCCUCUGAAAUAAUUUCAGGUGAAUGAAUGAGAGAAAGAGAGAGAGAGAAAAAAACUAAAUUAUAGGCCCUUCCAGGCCAGGGACGUCGGACCGGCCCUUCAUGCCCAUCAUCCCGAGCGCGACGUCCCCACGAAAUCUGACGCUGGCUUUGCCUUUCCUUUGCGCGAAAUCAACAAGUCACCUUCCAUCACCAUGCCAACCCUCGGUUCAUUUGUCAACAAUGUAGUCAUCCUUCUUGUAUUGGGAUAUCUGUGCAAUAUGGUUUACACCAUGUAUUAUCUCUUCAACCCACCUCAAUGCAAUAUCAUCAAGGAUGCCAAUAAGUGCCUUGUAAGACACCGAGUAAAUCAAGGAAAUAUGCCUUUGCAGCUGAGAUUAUAUUCAUCACAGAGCAAGUUAAAGCAUCCUCAAGAAAGUCAGCUCACAGAAAUUUUACAUGUUAAAGAAUUCAAUAUAUCAGAAGAGCAGACAUGGACAGUGAAUGUCUCCCUGCCAGCAAGGACUCGGAAGAAUGGCACUCUGUAUAUCCAUGUGUACCUUCAGGUUUCAAGUACAGCAAGAUUAGAUGCAAGCAUGGCCUCAUAUCAAACCUCAUCUCUCACCAAAUAUUAUCCGCCUAAGAUGGAAGCAUUUAAUCUACUUGGUGACAGCAAGCCUCAGAAUGAUUCUUUGGAACAAUCUGUCAUACCUAUAGCACAUUGGAAGCCUAGAAUGGAGCUCAGGGUAUUAGAGGAACCAUUUGUUUUCCAUAGAAUGCAGAUUCCUGCAGAUAUCUACAGAUAUAUCAGAUUGACACCUAAAGGUGAUUAUCUUCCUGUUUUGUACUUACAUAAGAUGGCUGAAAAGAUUAAAGAUCUGCAGCCCAUCAAUUCUACUUGUAAAGAAAUGUCAUUGACCAUAGAAUACAGCCCAAUAUCUAUUGGACAGCUUAGAUUAUUUGGCAGUCUAGAAGAAGGAAUGAGUACCAUGUAUCAGUUAGGUUUUACAGAAAAGGAUACAGAGGAGGUUAAGUCAAUAUUCACAGACACAAAUCUCAUACUUCUAAUGGCAACAAUAUUUGUAUCCUUCUUUCAUAUCCUGUUUGAUUUCUUAGCCUUUAAGAAUGACAUUUCUUACUGGAGGGCAAGAAAUAGUAUGGUUGGCCUUUCUAUAAGAACAGUUACAUGGCGAUGUGUCAGUCAGAUCAUUGUCUUUCUCUACUUACAAAAUGAGAAUACCAGUCUCUUAGUCUUGAUACCCUGUGGUAUUGGAGCCAUUAUUGAGGUUUGGAAAGUGAAGAAAGCCUUUAAAGUCAGUAUAAUCUUCGAAGGUUGGAGACCUAGAUUCACGUUUGGUACAGCUACAGACUCUGAGAAAGCAACAGCCGAGUUUGAUACCACUGCUAUGAAGUACCUCUCAUAUCUACUCUAUCCUCUAUGUGUGUUAGGAGCUAUCUACUCACUUGUAUACGUCCCUCAUAAAAGCUGGUAUUCAUGGCUUAUUAACAGUCUGGUGAAUGGAGUCUAUGCAUUUGGAUUCUUGUUCAUGUUACCUCAGCUCUUUGUCAAUUAUAAGUUGAAGUCAGUUGCACAUCUGCCCUGGAGAGCAUUUAUGUAUAAGGCAUUCAACACUUUCAUAGAUGAUGUAUUUGCAUUCAUUAUCACCAUGCCGACAGCCCACCGUGUUGCAUGUUUCCGUGACGAUUUUGUAUUUGUUAUUUACCUCUAUCAAAGAUGGUUGUACCCAGUUGAUAAGUCUCGAGCCAAUGAGUAUGGAGUUUCAUAUGAAGAUGAGAAGAAGGGGAAAGAACAUACUGACUGAGAUUAUAUGCAGAGAAUAUUUCAGUAUGCAUCACAUUAUUGCCAAUUUGUGAUUGGAUUGCAAUUUGGAACAUUUAAUUUUUUUCAGAUUUAUAGUCCAUAAUUCUUCAAAAUCUCACUCUCUUGUGAUGCUUGUUUUUCUUCAGUUUUGUCAUUUUUCUGGUCAGGUUAAUUUAGUGUGAUUGGGUAUUCUCAAUUCUAUUCUGUCAGUUUUACCAUGUUCAGAUAACUAUGCUUUUUACAGCAAUCCGAUUAGAUUAUUUUCUUGCUAUGUAUUGUGAAACCUGGGCCCCACCUGAUCAAAAGAGAUCUCAAAUAUGGAAAGCCAGCCAUAACAUAACUCAUUUUCUAGAAUGCAUAAGUCAAAUUCAAUCAGAAUGCUCCUUUUGUUCACAAAGGACAGUGAGUUCUAGAUGAAUUAUGGUAUCGUUAACUUGCCAGUGUGUAGAUUAAUUUGACUCAAUCACAACUCUUUAUUAAAUUAAACUCAACUCUUUUUUAAGACCGAGAAUGAGGAAAAUGUGUAUGCACGAAAUAUUUCAAUAUUUCAGACAAGCACUUCACAUUCAAGAAAUUACAUGUUGGUUUCAUUCAUUUGUUUAUGCAUUAUCACAAGUGGUGCCUAUCUUCACAUUUCCAUUUUGAUAGCUUUGUUUAUUUCCUAUACAUUCGUUGUUCACAGUGCAAAAUAUUCAAAAGUGAAUGGUAAUGUUGUUGAAUGGAAUUUUUCAUGCAACAUUUAUCAUUAGAAUCCGGUUAAUUGGAAUGAAUUCAAAUAUUUCAGAUAUUAAUUAAUAGUUUCAGUCUUGUCAGAGCAAAUAUGAAUGUGCAUGUGAUUAGUAAUAUACCCUUGGCUUUGAUAUUGUGGUGCACUAUGUGUCAUUCUCUUAGUUGUCAUCUUUUUUUGUUUAUAAUUCCCACCGCCUUUGCCUUCCAGUGUAUUUGAAUGGGAAUGUGUAUUUUCACUGAGUUUUUAUGCAACCAAUAAUUAGAUAUCCCCAAAAGGAAGAAAAACUUACAAACAAAACAUUAUUGGUUUUAAUACAAUGUUUUACAGAUAAGUUUUAGUGUCCCUUAUUUAUUAAUUUUUUACCCUAAAAAGACUGGAGGCUGAUUGAGCCCUUGAUACUGUUGCAAAUCUUGCUAUAGUCUUUUACUAUGGAGGGAGCUUGUACCCCCACCCCCUUGAAUUUUGAAGUUUGUACAGCAGCCAAUGUGAGUGGGUCAUCUCAGUGCCCCUCCCCCCCCCCCCCCCCCCAUUGAGGGACAAAAUAUCUUACAAACUAGCUGCACAUGCUAAUGACAGUGGUUAUUCCAAUCACUCCUAUGCAAAUAAUAUGACAUAGAAAUUUGUUGUGAAUUUAUAACCAUUGGGUAUUGUAUCGUCCAGUUAUUUGUCAGGGCAUAAAUUAUGGGCAAAUCCUCAUGGAAUAAUUAUAACUAAGUAAUACAGUAAUUGGCAAAAUUGUAGAGAUUUUCUUUUAUUGGGCAUAAGUGGAUUUACCAUCAUAAUUUGAUUCUCUGUAGGAUAGGUAUAUUGAUUUUUUCCUUUUUGUAAACCAGGGGAUCAUUUCAUGAAAGGACUUGUCGGACAUUUUAUCUGACGUCUACCAUAUAGUAGCUGUGCUUCUCAGCCAAUCAAAAUCAGGGAAAGUUGUCAGAUCUGACAACUUAUCAUACAAAAAUAUUGAUGAAAUGCUCCCCUGGGAACUGUUCACUUAGAAUUUGAAUUGGACUUAAAUUAUUUAUUUAUCUUACUUGUUGCCCUAACAUUUAGUCUAAUUGAAUGGAAAAUUUGCACUCUGAAUUUGUUUGAAUCUGAGAUUGAUUUGGCUAUUGCAUUUAGGGGUGAUACUUAUCUUACUAUUCAUUAUUUUUCUUUCCCAUUUCAAUUGCCUCUUUCAUUACCAUUCCUUGAGUAUACAUGUUUACCCAUUAUGUCAAUGAUAUUCCAUUGUACCUUUUGCCUUUUUUUUCUUUUGAUCAAAUUGUUUUAUUAAAUUUUACAUUGCAUUUUAAUGAAUGGUGCGUUGUGGCCCAUUGGAUUAGUCUUCUGACUUUGAAAUAGAGGGUCGUGGGUUUGAAUCCCAGCCAUGGCGUAAUUUCCUUCAGCAAGAAAUUUAUCCACAUUGUGCUGCACUCAACCUAGGUGAGGUGAAUUGGUACCUGGCAGGAUUUAUUCCUUGAAUGCAUGAGCGCUGAAAGGCAGCUCGAGCUAAAGCUGGGGUAAUAAUAAUAAUAAAAACUCGCUGAAAAGAAUAUUUCUAGAUAGAUGGGGCUAUAUAAAUGCCUAUUAUUAUUAUUUAUUAUUUAUGAAUAAAGUAUUAAACUUGAGAUGACAAGGAGAGGAUAGAAUUAUUUCUCUUAGUAAACAAGCAGAUUAGGAUACUUGUCAAUCAACUCAAGCCUAUUCCAAACAAGUUUAAUAUGUACUUAACUAGUUGCACCUCAUUGUAACCCCAUCAUAUUUCAUGAUGGAGGGAGGGAGGGUGGUUUUGAGCACCCUCAAGCACCCCCUUCCUUACCCAUUUAGUCCAAGAAAACUUAUUGCAAACAACAGACCUUAUGCAUUGAUGUCGUUAUACGGUCAUCUUAACGGCGACCGCACACCUUGCGACUGGUCCACGAUCCGAUUUUGUAACAAUCGCAUUUUGCUCAUUUUCUGAAAAUGUUAAUGAAAGUAUCUUUUUAUUACAGGAUCAAAAGCUGAAAGAAUACUAAAAUAACAAUUUUGGAUUGCAAGCCUCUAUUAAAGGCCGAAUUAGAAAUAAAUCGUAGCCAAUCGUACGAUUGCUAUGACGUCAUUACGACUCGAUAUUGAAUUCGCUUUAUACAGUAUUCUAAUAAGGAUUUUAAUAUAGUCACAUAUUUUAAUACAGGUAUUCGUACAGUGAUUUAGAACAUUACACAGUAAGAUAUCUCGUGUCUCAAUACUGUAUUAGCAUCAAAUUCUAAUAUGUUUUAUUCCAAAAUCGGGUCGCAGACCAAUAGUAAGGUGUGCGAUGGCCUUUCGAGGCUCAAGUUAUUGCCUUGCAAGUGUUGGUGAUCUACUGGUGCCUCUCUGACAACUACAUUUACACAUAUUCCUAUAUCCUCUGAGGGAGGGCGCUGUGAGAUUGUUAUGUCAUAUGUAUAAGGUCUUUUGCUACAAUGGUUACUGUAUUUGUGUAGUUUGAUCAAAAGUAAUUUUAUUGAGGAUGUAGUGAGCAUGAUAUGACAAGACAGGAGAUAAGUGCCGAAAAUUUUCACUAUUUUUUUUAUUCCAGCUUAUCCUUAGCUGCAAAGGUGUUCCAUCAAGUUUUUGUAGUUUGUUAUUUCAGGAUUCAUUAUUAAUUUUAUAUAUAAAUCAUGAGUUUGAAAUAUUCUACAAGAAUAUAUAUAAAUGUAAGAAUAAAUGUGCCGGACACAGUUCACAGAAA